UUCAAAUUCGGAAUCAAGAAGAAACUCAUCAAGAUCAUGUCUGAAGAUAAACGCGAAAAUGGCCACAAUAAGAAACAAAAGAUGAAGUCUGCAGUACAAGAAGAAGCAGAGUAUAAACCAAUUCUGCAAGAAUUAUUUUCUCCAAUGAAUGCGAACUUCAUGAUACCGGAUACAAUUGAAUCUGCUAAUCGAAGCACAGAUCUUUUUCCUCUCCAGAACAAAUAUAUUGAGCAAGGUGAAGAAAUUCCCUCAUCUGUAGCUGUGGAAGCGAAUCAAAGUUCCAAAGUAGUAUUGUCAAAAAGGAAAAGGUAUAAUCUUGAAAUUGUUGAAGAAUUGCCAAAAGGAUCAAUCGAGGAUUGUGAAAACGAUUUUGGUUCGAUAAAUUUGCUGAUUAGUCUGGUGGAGACAUGCCUUGAACUGAACUCUGAAGAUGCUAUGGAAAUGUAA